AGAGCUUUGAAUAAAAAUUUUAACCGUAACUAAAAAAAAAUUACAACAAAUUAAAAAAUAUGGCUCAAAUGAUACAAAUGACUACCGAACAAUUGCAACAACUUAUAGAGUCCGUCCGAGGUACAGCUAAUACAGGCGGUGAUGCCAACAACACUCCAACAAACAUCCUCAAGUCCAAAGGCAAUUUCAGCAACUGUUGUUCCCGUUUCGGGGGUGAACGUGAUCAUGAAAUAGUCGAGGAAUUCAUUACCUCAGUUGUAACGUACAAAGAAAUUGAAGCGAUCACCGAUGAUGAUGCCUUAAAAAGUAUUUCAUUGUUGUUUCACGGUAUGGCCUCCACCUGGUGGCAGGGUGUACGCAAAGAAGUCAAAUGCUGGAAUAAUGUUUUGUCACUGAUACGUGAUCAUUUCUCGCCCACCAAACCGGCCUAUCAAGUCUAUGGUGAAAUUUUUGAAAAGAAACAAAACGAUCGUACCGCCAUCGAUACUUUUGUGUGUCAGCAGAGAGCUUUAAUGGCCCAAUUGCCUGAUGGCCGGCAUGAUGAGGAAACCGAAAUGGAUUUCAUCUAUGGUUUACUCAACAUUAAAUAUCGCAAAUAUAUUGCCCGCCAUGACAUUAAAACAUUUAGGGAGUUAUUGGAGAAGGGUCGCAUCAUUGAGCAAAAUUGGAAGGAAGAUGUUGUGGCCAAUCAGCCGGGUUAUGUCAGGGGUACUAAAAGAUGUACAAAUUGUAAUUAUCGUGGCCAUACUGUUGGGGAAUGUCGCAAGCGUAGAAAUACGGAUAACGGCAUGAGUCAUGGCGAUCCCAAGCGUACUAGGGUUAAUGGGGAACAAAGGGAAUGCAAUCAAAAUGAAUGAUUUUAAGUGGAGGAAACAUUUUUAUAAAAUUCUUUUUAAUUUAAGGUUUCACAAUUUUUAAUUUAUUUUUAAUUUUUAAAAACUUGCAUACAUUUAUUAAUAUUAUAUGUUUAUUUUCCAAUUUUAUUAUAUUUAAAAUUUAUUUUUAAUAAUUUUUUAUAUAGAAAUAUUUCUUUAAUUUUAUAAAUUACUUUACUAUUUACCAGCAUUAAUUAU